AUGAAUAUAUCGCCAGUAGCACUUGCUCGUAUUUAUGAAGAAGACUUUAAACAAGAUAUGGCUGCCUUAAAGGUUCUUCCUCCGUUAGUAUAUAUGAGAGUGACCGACAAUAUUCCUCAGAUAAUUUCCUUUAUAAAAACAAUAAUUGCUAGCGGACAAGCUUAUGUAACCUCGCAAGGCAAUGUUUAUUUUGAUGUUAAGUCUUGGGGAAAAAGAUAUGGAGUAUUAACUGCUGUUUAUCCUGAUACCCAAGAUGAAGCAGUUCAUACGGAUAAAAGACAUGGUAAAGAUUUUGCCCUGUGGAAGGCUGCCAAACCUCAAGAGCCAUCUUGGACUUCUCCCUGGGGAAAAGGAAGACCUGGGUGGCACAUUGAGUGUUCCACAAUAUCAAGUGCAGUGUUUGGAAAGCAGCUGGACGUCCAUACUGGUGGAAUAGAUCUUGCAUUUCCUCAUCAUGAAAAUGAAAUCGCACAGUGCGAGGCGUAUCAUCAGUGUGAGCAAUGGGGGAAUUACUUUUUGCAUUCUGGACAUUUGCAUGUUAAAGGAAGUCAAGAAAAAAUGUCAAAGUCAUUAAAAAACUACGUAACAAUUAAGGAUUUCCUGAAGAAGUUUUCGUCGGAUCAAUUCAGGAUGUUUUGUUUGCGCAGCAGAUACAGCUCAGCAGUAGAAUUCAGUGAUGAGAGCAUGGAUGAUGCAAAGCACCUUCUUGGGGCAAUCUCCUCAUUUAGCAGAGAUGCAAAUGCUUAUAUAAAAGGACAGCUGGUAUGUGACCCUGUUAGAGAAGACAUACUGUGGGAAAGGCUGGCCAACACAAAAGUAACCGUGAAGGCUGCGUUUGCAGAUGACUUUGACACCUCCAGGGCUGUUGCAGCAAUUAUGGACCUCGUUCACCAUGGCAACAGACAGCUUAAGGCUGUUACUAAGGAUGCUGGAUCUCCCAGAAGCUCUGUUGUGUAUGGAAGCAUUAUUUCCUAUAUAGAAGGCUUUUUUAAUGCCCUUGGGAUGUCCUUCGGAGAAAGACAGGAGGCUCUGGGAGGAGGCGACUCGGCUGUGCUCUCUAACGUCAUGGACGAGCUCGUGAGGUUCCGCCUGAAGGUCCGCCGGUACGCGCUCGCCCUGCCAGAAGCAGGAGGAGAAGCUGUGCCCACGGAGGGUGCCGCAGGGCCGAAACCAGAACAGAAGGAAGAGAGGCAGAAGUUAAUACGGGAGAGAAAACCCCUCCUGGAGGCUUGUGACAGCCUGCGUGAAGACCUUGCUGCCUUUGGAAUCCACAUAAAGGACAGAGCCGCUGUCUCAACCUGGGAAACUGUGGAAGGAGGGCAAGCAGAGCCACAGGCUAAGAAAACAAGCUGA